UCUCUCUCUCUCUCUCUCUCUCUCUCUCUCUCUCUCUCUCUCUCUCUCUCUCUCUCUCUCUCUCUCUCUCUCUCUCUCUCUCUCUCUCUUAUUAUCUUAAUAAUCUCUUUCUCUCUUUCUCUCUGCACUCGAUUCUCUUUUCUUUUCUAUUCGUUCUAGGCUAGGGUUUCAAAAUUAUAUAUAUUAUUAUGCUUUUCCUUUAAUUCUCCCCCAAAAACCUUAUAAUAUAAUCUCUCUCACUCUCUCUCUCUCUCUCUCUCUCAACACUCUAUACAAUUAAAUUUUUAAUAUCAUCCUCUUUUCAUCUCUUUCUUUUUUUAAAAAAAAAAACUAUAUAUUAAUAAGAAUAAUUAUUAUAAUUGUAAUUAUUUUUCUUUGUUUUUCUGUUUCCCUUUAGCUCUAUCUCCAAUUAUCUCAAAACAAUUCUUAGUAUAAUAUGGCUGGCUUAGACUUAGGCUCAGCUUCUCGCUUUGCUCAGCAGCUUCAACGCCCUGAUCUUCACCUCCAAUUCCCACCGGAUUCCGACAACCACCACCAUGACAUCAACAGAAACGGCCACUUCAACGCAGAUCAUGAUGAAGAUGAUGAUGACAACAACAACAACUCAGGUGGAGGCUUUGAUCUCAUCUCGGGCCAUCACCAAAACUCAGGCGGCGACAUGGGGUCCCGCCGCCCUAGAGGCCGGCCGCCCGGAUCCAAGAACAAGCCCAAACCUCCCGUGAUCAUCACGCGGGAGAGCGCAAACACGCUCAGGGCCCACAUCUUGGAGGUCGGAAGCGGCUGCGACGUGUUUGACUCAGUGGCCACAUAUGCCCGGAAGAGGCAGCGCGGGAUCUGCGUGCUAAGUGGGAGCGGAACAGUCACAAACGUCACUCUUCGGCAGCCAGCAGCAGCCGGAGCUGUGGUUACUCUACAUGGCAGGUUCGAGAUACUUUCCCUUUCGGGGUCGUUCUUGCCUCCUCCUGCGCCGCCGGGGGCGACCAGCCUUACCAUAUUCUUGGCCGGCGGGCAGGGUCAGGUGGUUGGUGGGAAUGUUGUGGGAGCCUUAAUUGCCGCCGGGCCAGUGAUUGUGAUAGCUUCUUCUUUCACUAACGUGGCUUAUGAGAGAUUGCCGUUGGAGGAGGAGGAGGUGCCUCUUCAGAUGCAGCAGCAAGUACCUCAGUCCUCCAGCGGCGGAGGAGGCGGAGGAGGAAGUGGUGGCGGUGGCAGUGCUAGUGGAGUGAGUAAUAACCCUUUUCCGGACCCAUCAUCGGCGGCGGGGCUACCUUUCUUCAACCUACCUAUGAAUAAUAUGCCUCAACUACCGGCUGACGGUUGGAACGGAAACUCAAACUCUGGUCGGCAGCCUUAUUGAGGGAAACGGCAUCGUUUACCGGAUUAGGUCUAUUACUACUACAAACUGCAGAUUUGAGGUCAGGGAAAUUAUAUAUAUAAAUAUCCUUCUUUCUUUUCUAGUUUUCUCUCUGUUAGACUAAAUAUAUAAUAUCCCAAAUCUUUGUAAAAUUAGUUCCUAUCUCUCUUCUCUUCUUUAACUUUUCUCUCAUCCAAUUAUAUUUUGUUUGUUUUUGUAACUUUUAAAUUGUUUCUGAUGAGAAAUGCUUUAGUGUUUUUGUUGAUGAUGAUCUUGAUGGAAGUCCCUUAGUAUCCAAGUUAAUUAAUCAGAUUUUUUUUUCUGUUUCUUUUU